GGUGCAAAGAAAACUAAAGAAAAGAGAUUUACAAAAUAAAAUCGUCUUCAAUUUCUCUAUGCAUGUAAGCAUCUGUAUAUUUGUGUGUGAUUUUGUUUACAGUUUUAUUUGUACCAUUUUUUUAUGAACAAAGAAGGGUUUAGGAAACAGCAUAAAGAGAUGCACAAAACAACAAAUCAGUGGCCAUGGUGAAUGUUUCUUAUAUAUCCGGAGAUUAAGAAGUUUUAUUCACGAGAAUCUGCACCAUUUGUUAAGGCCCUUUCAGUUCCACCUCAAUUCCAUUUGGCCCAAUUUGGAUGACAACCAUUCCUGAAUCUACAGAUAAACCAACAUACUGUCCCCCCGUCCAGCUCAGCCCCUCCUGCACCUCGAGUCAUACCCCGCUCCAACUACAUUUCCAGCCACCUGGCUAUCCCAAAAAAGUUCGCUAACAAUGUGAGAGAGAAGUUAGCUGGAACUGUUGCUCUGAGAGGUCCAAGUGGGCACAUUUGGGAUGUAAGAUUGACAACAAAUGGGGAUACCAUUGUUCUCAAAGAGGGUUGGAAGGCGUUUAUCGAAGAUCAUUGCCUAGAGGAAAAUGAUAUUUUGAUAUUUAAAUACAACGGGAAUUCAAGAUUUGAUGUUUCGAUGUUUGACCAGGAAAACUUCUGUGAGAAAGAAGCUUCAUAUUUUGUGACAAAAUGUGUACAUAAAGAAAUUGAAUCUGGCCGUAAGAGACCAAUAACCAUGCCCGAAAGAACUGAUGAAAAGAUCAACGAACUCUUCAGUGAGUCUUCGGAUGAUGCCAUCGACUCCUGUUCAGAUAAAAAACCCAGGAAUGAUACUGCAAAUACGCCAGGCUUAAGAAAAGAAAGGAGAAAAAAAAACGGCAGACGAGGUUCCAGCAGUAGGAUUAAUACAUGUCCCUUGCAGCUGACAUCUCGUAGAAGGGCAGUAACUGAAGAUGAAAAAAAGAAAGCACUAGAAAUGGCAGGUGCAGCAUCGUCGGGAAACAGUUUUAUGGUCGUUAUGCGACCGUCACAUGUCUACAAUGGAUUCUACAUGUCUAUCCCUUAUGAGUGGGCAAGGAUGCAUCUCAGUCGAAAAAGCCAAGAUAUUGUUCUUCGUGUUAAAGAGAAUGCAUGGCAGGUCAAAUAUCAUCAAAAAGCUUAUAAUAAUGGCGGAUUGUAUGGUGGUUGGAAGAAUUUUGUUCAUGACAACUCCUUAGAAGAAUCUGACGUGUGUUUGUUUGAUCUAGCCAGUGGACCAAAUGACAGCAUCGUUUUAGACGUUCAAAUUUUUCGAGUUGCAGAGGAAGUGGUUUCACCAUCACAAGUUACUCCAGGCAACUCAAUGCCGGUUACAGGUGGAGGCCAACCAAGUCUCUCAAGGAACGUGAUGAAUGGAGGGGACGAUGCAUGAAUUGGGAUGCUUUUAUUUUGAUUAUAUCUUGAUAUAACUAGCUGGUUUUGGACUAAGAAUUAACCGUUGGCUUUGUGCUGACAAUUUCUACUUUCUUUUAGGUUGGUAAUUGUGUUACCAUUGUGAGCUUCUUCAUCAACUUAUUUUGUAGUAGUAAUAGUUUCUGCAUUUGUUCUU